GACCGCUGAGGCUGAUUCCACAAAAAAUGGAAACUAUAAUAAAUUGUAAAACAGAACAUCUGGAAGAUUAUUACGGCUUACUUGGGUGCGAUGAGCUGUCAACGUGUUAUUGUCCUUUUGGAAGAUGAACCUUCGCCCCAGUCUGAGGUCCAGAGUGCUCUGGAGUAGGUUUUCAUCAAGGACAUUGCUGCAUUCAUCUUUUCCUCGAUCCUGACUAGUCUCCCAGUUCCUGCGACUGAAAAACAUCCACACAGCAUGAUGUUGCCACCACCAUGCUUCACUGUAGGGAUGGUAUUGGCCAGACUGAACAAAUUAUGGCAGAGUAUAAAGUGAGAGCCCUGUCUUGCCACCCUGACAAACAACCAGAAAAUCCUGAAGCAGCACAAGACUUUCAAAAAUUACAACAGGCCAAAGAAAUUCUCACAGAUGAGACCAAAAGAAAAAAAUAUGACUACUGGUUGAGAAGUGGCAUCACUGUGCCAUUCAGUGAAUUCCAGGCCUUGAGUGAUACAGUUAAAAUGUCAAUGCAUUGGGCCCUUAAAAACAAAAAGGAGCCAAUGCUAGAAUCAGCAAAAGACAGAGAUGAAUUCCAAGCUGGUCAUUCAGAAACACCAAAAGAAGUUCCAAAAGAGGGGAUAACAUCUAUUGAAGAACUUUCUUCAAGUGGUUAUUGGCUUCAUGGCUUUCGACGUACAUGUGGUACUCCUUCAAGCCUCUUGGAAAAGUUUAGAAAUUAUCAAAUAUGAAGAAAUAUAGGCUAUAAACUUUAAACCAUAUAUUACAAUAAUUUUGUGAAUUGUUUAAUUGUAUGGAUUAAAGCAUUGCAAUUUCAGUCAGUGGAGUUAUUAUACUUAAUUUUCAUUGUCUACCUUAAAGAAGGUUACAAGAUAUUAAGUCAGUAUUAUUGAAAAUGUCUGAGAUUCAUGUUUAGUGUAAUAUUGUAUGGUGGUCAUUUACAUUGUUUUUUUAUUGUGUAAUAAACCAUUUUUAUUUCCUCA